AUGGGUUUCGUGAAACCAGGAGCUCGUUUUUCGGAAGUAACAAAACCAAUUGAAAACUCUUGUAAAAACUUUGGACCAUCAGACUACGUGGUAAUUUUUGGAGGUGCGAACGAUGUUGCAAGGGAUCAAGCCAACGAAAUAAAAAUAGCUCUUAAAUGUGUACUGCAGCAGACAGUCCACACGAAUGUGUUAGUUAUUAACCAAACACAGAGGCAUGACCUACCUUCCUGGUCAUGUGUGAAUCAAUUAGUGAUUAAGAUAACCUCUGACAUAAAGGAUGUUUGUGGAAAAUUUGAGCAUGCAAAUGUAAUAGAUGCUGCUAUUGGUUAUCAAGUUGAUGGUAAUCUGGAAUGGAACUGUGGGGGAUCAUUAAUCAGUGAAUAUUAUGUCCUUACUGCUGCACACUGCACACACAUUGGAAAGUAUCCUGCAGUAAUAGUUCGUCUUGGUGAGUAUAAUCUGAAAAGUGAUGAUGAUGGAGCACUUCCUGUGGAUUAUCACAUUGCAGAUUUAGUGCGCCAUCCUGAAUACAAAGGACCAAGCAAAUACAAUGAUAUUGCUCUGUUACGUCUUAGUGAGCGUGUGAAUUUCACAUGGCCUAUACGACCUGCUUGUCUCUACACACUUGAUAAAUUCUCAGAUAGCAGGGCAAUUGCUACUGGUUGGGGUAAAACUGAGUAUGCUGGAAAAUCAAGUGACAUUUUGCAGAAAGUUGAUCUUGAUAUAGUAGAUAACGAAAUGUGCAAUAACUUAUGGAAAAGUCUUGGCAAGAUCACAUCUCUGCCUCAUGGAAUUGCACCAUCAAUGUUAUGUGCCGGCGUCAGUGCAGGAGACAAAGACACUUGUCAGGGUGAUUCUGGUGGACCACUUCAGAUGUCCUUCAAAAUAGGAAGACAACAUUUGCAUCAUGUUAUUGGAGUGACAUCAUUUGGGAAUUACUGUGCUGGAAAAGAUUCACCAGGAGUCUAUACACGUGUCUCUUAUUUUAUUCCAUGGAUUGAGAGCAUUGUGUGGCCAGAUGGUUAG